AUGGGGGCCCCCCGAGUGCAGUCUGAGGGGGCCCCCCCCGAAGCUGCUGCUGCUGCUGCUCUGGAGGGGCCCCCGUCGGGCUCCGGCGCAGCAGCAGCAGCAGCAGCAGCAGCCCCCGCAGCAGCAGCAGCAGCAGCAGCAGAUGCCGCAGCAGAAGCAGCAGCAGCGGCGGGGGCUGCACCCGCAGCGCCGGAAGCAGCAGCAGAUGUUUGCGCUGCUGCAGAGCCAGCCGCCGGCCCCGCCCCCGCAGCAGCAGCAGCAGCAGCAGCAGCAGCAGCAGCAGCGGGCGAGCGCGAAGGCGUGCUGCUGGAGUCCUCCUCGCCGCCGAGCCCCGCUGCUGCCGCCGCUGCUGCUGCUGCUGCUGCUGCUGCUGCUGCGCCGAGCUCGCCAGGUGUACAGACACUCGCGGAUGUGUGGGGUGUCUGGACAUCUGCUGAUGCUGCUGCUGUUGCUGACUGGCUGCAGCGCGAGCAGCUCGCUGGGGUGUACAGACUCCUCGUCGAGUCCCUCCUCACUCCCACCCCCAAGGCCAACGCAGGCUCCCGCCUAACCUCGCUGGCCUCCCGCGCUGCGCAGCUGCCAGCAGUUCCCGGAGUUGUUUAUGACGCGCACCACUACCAGUUCCUCGCCCGCUUCUACGAGAGCAGCAGCAGCAGCAGCCCCACCACCAAGCGCUUCCCGCUGCGCCGCUGGGGCUUCCACAAGAGCUUCCGCUUCGCCUGCGACGCAGUGCAGCAGGCCCACAGGCCGGGGGCCUUUGCUGCUGGAGAGAUUCAGGCCGUCGAAGAG